AUGAUUAAGCCAAAAAAGUCCUCGCGUGAACUAUGGAAUUAAUUGGGUUUACGAAACCACAUUAAACAAGCAUUUGAAGAAAAAGAAUCUAAUUGGGGUUAAAUCGUUGAUUCCAAUAAGAAAAACCUAGUAAUUCAUUAAACUAUUCUCAGAGCCAAAGAUCCAUCUCAGAAUAUGCUAUAACAUAAAAAUUAAAAGACCAACAUAAUUCUUUUAUCAAAAAUAAAGAAAAACCUUUUACGAAAACCUUUUUAGAAGAUUAAAUUGAAAAAGGAAAUUAAGAUAAAGAUGAGUGGUUACAAUUAGCAUAGAUUAAUGAAAAAUCUCAUCUUUCACCUAUAAAUAAAAAACAUUCCAAUGAUUAAACCUUUUCUCCAAUUAAUAGACUUAAAAAUGAAGAAUAAUCUGUUAUUUAACAAUAAUCAUUCUAAAUAAAUAUUGAAAAAAAUAAUAUUUGCAAAUUACCAGGACAUGAAAAUAAUUAAUACAAAUUUAUUUGUAUAGAUAAUGAUUGUCCAUAUAAAUUAUAAAAAGCAUGUGCACAUUGUGUUAUCAAAAUGCAUACUAAGCAUGUUAGUCAAAUGAAAGAAAUUUAAAAUUAUGAACAAUUAAUUGAAUAAAAUAUUAAAAAGGCUGAUGAAUUAAUGGAUUAAAGUUAAGAAUUAUUUAAAGUAAUUCAAAAACCUUAUGAAAAUUAUUUUCUCUAAAUCAAAAAUUAAAUAAUCGCACUUAUUAAUGAUCUUCAAUAAAAACUGUUAUAAAUUAAUAAGGAUUAAAUAUAAAAAAUUAUUAAUAAUGACAUAGAAAUUAUUUAAAAUUAUAAUUCAAAAUUUGAAGCUUAUAAAUUAAUGAAUACAUUGAUACCAGAAGAUAUUAUUGAAGAAUAUACACGUAUUUUAAAUAGUAUGUCUGAAAAGAUAAAAAUAAAUAUUAAUUUUGAUUCGAUUAACAAAUAAAUUGAAUCAUUCAUAAUGUCAAUCUUUUAUCCAAAUAAAUAAAAAGAGAAUAAAGAAUAAAAUGAUGAUACUGAACUAUUACAAUAAUUUAUAUAGAAUAAUAGAGAUUCAAAUAAAGAGUCUAUUCUUAAACCAAAUAAUUCAAUGACUUGUUGUUCUCAUUAAUCCCCUUUACAGACAAAAAAACAAUUGUAAACAAAAUUAGUUAUGGGAUCUGCAUCUCCUUUAAAUGUUUUCAAUCGUUAGAUCACUGGAAGAUAAGUCACAAAAAUCAUCUAAACAUAACCAAUAAUAUACUAUCGAACAAACAGUUGA